AUGAACUUCCCAGAUUUGAGGAUCGCCGAGGAGGGGAAAGCUAUCGUCCUUCGGACCGAUCUGGCCGUUCUCCUUCUCGGGGAUAUGAUGCGCGUCCCUGGCGCUCACCACCCCGGAAUCGCUCUCGCCUACGUGGCGAUACUUGGGUGCCUUCCAGCAGAGCAUACCUCGUCCCCGAAGCCGUUCUCCCCCAAUGUACCGCCGACGCUCCCGUAG